AUGUCUGCAGGACAGUUGAACCUUGGGUCGGUACUCACGGGUAUCGACAACGAGUAUGCGCAACGCAGGAAGCAGCGCCUGGCACUCAUCAACCAGCUGCGUGCGAUAGGCGCACAAGCAGAGUUCGACCUUCCUCGCGUCGCCGUCAUCGGGAAUCAGUCCGCGGGCAAGUCUAGCCUCGUCGAGGCCAUCUCUGGCGUGCGCUGCACUGUCUUGGUUUGCCGUACCUCCGAUGCUAAUUACUACCUGCAGAUCAACGUGCCUCGCGACGCCGGGACAUGCACUCGCUGUCCGAUGGGGUGCCGCCUCUCCUCAUCCACCCAACCAUGGACGUGCCAAAUUUCAAUCCGCUGGAGUUCACCCCAGAAGGGACUACAAGCGACGUCGUCAUCGAACAAAAGUUUGGCUCGCCGCUGCACGAUCGGACGCACGUCGAGCUCGUGCUCCGUCGCGCGCAAACGACGGUGCUCAACCCGAGUACACAGCCCUGAAAUUUUGUAA